AUGGCCUCAUCUGCUCGUUACUACGCCGACCCGCCCGCAGCCGGCAAGUUCGCCGCAGAGCUCCUUGAGAAGGCAGGACUAUCGCAGGAAGAUGCCAAGUCCAUGUCGGAUUGUCUAGUUUUGGCUGACGUUCGUGGCGUUGACACACACGGCCUAGCUCGCCUACCCCAGUAUCUUGAACGUGUCCACAAAGGUCGCGUCAAUGCAAGGCCCAACUUCAAGCUCACCGAGAAGACCCCUGUGGUCGCACACCUGGACGGUGACAACGGCUUCGGGUUCGUGGUCGCCACUCGCGCCAUGGAAGAAGCCAUAAAACGUGCUGAGAUUUAUGGCAUUGGCAUGGUCACCGCAAACCACUCCAACCACUUCGGCAUGGCCGCUACAUAUGUUCUCCAAGCUCUAGAAAAGGACAUGAUCUCGCUAGUCUUCACCAACUCCGCCAAGCAGAUGCCUCCAUUCGGCGGUAAGGAAACAUUACUGGGUAUUUCGCCCUUCGCAGCCGGUGCCCCCUCGAAGAACGAAGUCCCUUAUAUUCUGGAUAUGGCGCCAUCUGUCGUGGCAAAGGGUAAAAUCCGCAAGGCUGCUCGUCGUGGCGAGUCUAUUCCGCUCGGAUGGGCCUUGGAUAAGGAUGGAAACCCAACAACCGACGCGGAUGUUGCAUUGGAUGGCAGCAUGGCCCCGAUCGGUGGCCCGAAAGGCUCCGGAAUCGCUAUCCUCAUGGAUAUCAUGUCAGGCGUCCUUGCCGGUGCGGCCUUCGGUGGCGAGGUUGGUGAUCAAUACAAGGACACCAAGCCCCAGGAUGUCGGUCACUCCUUCAUUGCUCUCAAACCCGAUGUCUUUCUCUCUACCGACGACUUCAAGGCUCGCAUGGAUACCCUUGUCCAGCGUGUUCAUGGCAUUACUCCUGCUCCGGGAUUUAACGAGGUGCUUUUCCCGGGUGAACCGGAGCAUCGUCUUGGUCUUCAACGCCGCAAGGAAGGUAUCCCAUAUGCUGAUGCGGAGAGACAAAUGUUCAUUGACUCAGCCAAGUCAUUUGGGGUUGCUGAGUUGGCUCUCUCGGAGACUCCUUUGUCAAAUUAG